UUUACAAAUUUACAAAACAUUGUCACUUGCUACUUUUUUUUUGGGAAUUGCUUUGAUGUACGAAAUAUUAUAAUUAUACAACUUCCACUAGUUUAAACAUGAAUAUCGAGAGUGCAGCUAUAAAUAUACUCAAACGGGGUGUUGAGCUGGACACAAAAAAACGUUACACUGAAUCUCUAGUUUGCUACCAAGAAGGCCUUCAGAUUUUAGUGGAUAAAAUUAAAAAUGAACCUGAUGAAGCUACAAGGGGUUAUUUGAGGAAGAAAGUUGAAGAGUAUAUGAGUAGAGCCGAGACAAUAAAGAGAUUGGUUCUACAGCAGAAAGAUGCGGGAUUGUUUCAUGAACAGGUUCAUAUAGAGAAUAACUCAACGGGACAUGGCUAUAAGACGUUAUUUGGAAGGUUUUUAGACGAAGAUGUGCAGUAUGUAAUUGUGGAAGAUCCGUAUAUAAGGAGUUUCCAUCAGUGUCAAAAUUUCCUUCGUCUCUGUGAGCUUCUAGUGAGGUCCUGUCCAAAUAUGAGACACAUAGAAUUAAUAACAUCAAAAGAUGCUCGUUCAGAGGGUGAUCAGAGGGAGUGGUUCACCAACUUAGGCAAUGAUUUAACAAAGUACAAAGUAAGACUGGUUGUGAAGUACUCAGAAACACUGCAUGAUAGACAGAUCACAUUAAGUACAGGCUGGAUAAUAAAAAUAGGACGAGGAUUAGACUUUUUCAAAGCUCCUGAUAAUAAAUUCUGUCUGGGUGUUUAUGAUAUGGACCUAAGACCAUGCCAUGAGACUACUGUGGAUAUAGUACACUCUAAAAACGUCAAACAAUCUUAUGGAUGACCCUGUGAUCAUAUUAUUUUGUUCAUUUUAUACUGUUAAAUAUAAUUAAGUAUGUUUUAAGAUUUAUACUAAGGCAAAAUUAAAUGAUCAAAUCAUAA